CUACCUUCUUUAUACGUUAAAAAUCACUUCUUUUCGAUUAAAGAAUCUGUCAUUUGAUACCAAAAAUUCAUAGAAAAGGUUAAUAAUCAGAAAUGUGUGGAGGAGCUAUAAUAUCGGAUUUGUUGUCGCCGAGCCGACCAUCGCGCAAGCUGACGGCUGACUUGUUAUGGGGAAGUGGAGCUGCCGCUGAUCUGGCCAAAGGGAAGAGGAAGAUUCCAGGAAACUACCACUCAAAACCGCUGAGAUCUAAGCCGAUUGUUGAUAUUGGCGAUGAUUUCGAGGCUGACUUUCAGGACUUUAAGGAUUUCUCCGAUGAUGAAGUGGAGAUCGAUGUCAAACCCUUCGCCUUCUCUGCUUCCAAUAACUCCGGCUUUCGAGGUACAAAAUCUGUAAAAUCUGCUGAUUCUGAUGAGGAUACUGAAAAGUCGUCGAAGAGAAAGAGGAAGAAUCAGUACAGGGGGAUCCGACAACGCCCAUGGGGUAAAUGGGCUGCUGAGAUCCGAGACCCUAGAAAAGGUGUCCGAGUUUGGCUUGGAACUUUUAACACUGCUGAGGAAGCUGCAAGAGCCUAUGAUACUGAGGCUCGGAGGAUCAGGGGCAACAAAGCAAAGGUAAAUUUUCCUGAAGAUGAUCCAGCUUCUGCCUCAAAACGUUCAGGUAAGGUGAACCUUCGUGAAGGACUUCCUAAGGGAAGCUCAGUCCAUGUUCAGCCCAGCAUGAACCAGAAUGUGACUUUCAUGAACAUGCUGGACAAUGGCAACUACAAUUCAUUCAGCUUCCCUGAAGAGACACUGCCAACAAAUCAGUAUGGCAAUGCUGAUUUUUACCCUUCCGAGGGUGCCAUGAAAGUACAAACACUUGCCCCUUCUGAUGGCAUUAAUAUUUACUUCGGCUCUGAUCAAGAGAGCAACUCUUAUGACUGCUCAGACUUCGGUUUGGGAGAAAAUUUUGCUAAAAAUCCAGAAAUUUCAUCUGUUCUCUCGGCUGUUGUUGAGGACAAUCAAGCUCAAUUUUUGGAGGAUGCUAGCCCUGCAAAGAAACUGAAGUCAGAUUCUGGAGAUUUGUUGUCUGCUGUUGAAAACACUGAAGUCUCAUCAUUUGAGUCCCAAAUGAAGCCCUUUCAGAUGCCAUAUCUGGAUAGCAAUUGGGAUGCUUCACUUGAUGCAUUCCUCAAUGGAGAUGCAACUCAAGAUGGUGGGAACGAAAUGGAUCUUUGGUCAUUUGAUGAUGUUCCAGCCAUGUUGAGUGGGAUUUACUGAGACCUGUGCUUUGCCCCUCUUGCUACUGUAUAUGAGGCCGCAUGUUAGUUAAUUUUGUCAUUUUCGCAGCUCUUAAUAUCUUUAUAUAAAAUCCAGUUUGCACUUGAAGCGUAACCGGUUACUGGUUCUUCUUAGGUGUGUUUGUUGAUGAUCGAGGUGGAUGGAUCUUCAAGCAUGCUUUGGCUAUAAUGGUGCUGUAAAAGACUGGUUAAAUAAGUAGUAAAUAGGCUAUUAGAUUUAAAUUAUCUUUCGAGACUGCUAAUUUUCGAAGAUUUUAUAUUUUCUGUAUGGAUGUUCUGUGAUAAAACUGAAGCUUAUGUUAUUCAGUUUGUUGUUUGCUUCA